CACAAAUGCAGAGGGAAGCGCGCGGGCUUAAACUUAUGACUGCAGUGUUUUGGUAUUUUCCCUGUAUUAUUAACAAAUACUUGAACUAUUAGCAUCAUGUCAACGGACACAGAUAUACAAAUGAGUCCUAAAGGGUUUCACUGCAAGCUGUGUAACGUCAACUUGCCGAACACGGCGAGCUUGGAUCAGCACGUGAAGGGGCGGAAGCAUCAAACUCUCAGCACUGUUCGGGCCACCAGGAAGACCCAGGAGGACCACAGUGUGUUUGUCAGUGGCAUCACACCUGAAAUCUCUCAGACGGACCUCGCUGAGUACUUCCAGCCUUUUGGGAAUGUUGCAGACAUUAUCAUGGAUAAAGACAAGGGUGUGUUUGCCAUCGUGCAGUUCAGCGAGACUGAAGGUGCACAAGCAACUCUGUCCCGUGUGGAGCACCAGAUGAAAGGCCUGAAGCUGCGAGUCAAACCUCGGGAAAAGAAGGAGUUCAAGCUUAUUCCUAAGAAGAAGAAUGACCCCCAGAACCUCCAACAAGUUCUUGAUCGUCUUAAACCUCAACUGUGUCAGUUAGCAUCUGUGGAUGCACAGAUGCAGUAUGUAGUUGAGAGAUUUCAGCUGGGGGAGAAUGAAAAGAAGGCCCGGGAAUUGCUUGUUCAACUCCUGCAAGAGGUUUUUGUGGAAUUCUUUCCAGACAGUCAGGUUCUGCCAUUUGGGUCGUCUGUCAACACUUUUGGCAUCCACUCCUGUGACUUGGACCUUUUCAUGGACCUUGAAAACACCAAGGUGUUCCAAGCCCGAGCCAAAUCCACCACAGAGCAGGCAGGUGAAGGUAUGUCAGAUGACGGCUGCUCUGAGGACUCCAUCCUAUCAGACAUUGACCUGUCCACAGCCUCUACAGCUGAGGUGCUGGAGCUCGUUGCAACCAUCCUGAAACGCUGCGUCCCCAGUGUGCACAAAGUCCACGUGGUCAGCACCGCUCGUCUCCCCGUCGUCAAGUUCCAUCACCGCGAGCUUAACCUGCACGGGGACAUUACCCUUAACAACAGGUUAGGAGUAAGGAACACCCGAUUUCUCCAACUGUGUUCAGGGAUAGAGGACAGACUGAGGCCUCUAGUUUACACCAUCCGCUACUGGGCCAAGCAGAAGCAGCUUGCUGGUAAUCCCAGUGGUGCUGGUCCCCUCCUCAACAACUACGCUCUGACACUGAUGCUCAUCUUCUACUUGCAAAACUGCAAGCCUCCAGUCCUCCCCACAGUGGACCAGCUGAAAGACAUGGCCUGCGAGGAGGAAGAGUGUGUGAUUGAGGGCUGGAACUGCACUUUCCCCAGUCAACCUAUCGCAGUGCCCCCGAGCAAGAACACCCAGGACCUCUGCUCCCUGCUCACUGGCUUCUUCUCCUUCUAUGCAAAAUUUGAUUUUGCCAGUUGCGUCAUAUCCCCCAGGGAGGGGCGUGCACUUCCAGUCACAGAUUUCCUCGGUCAGAUUGUUGAGGAAGAGGCGAUGCAAGAGGAACAGCACAAGGCCCAUCACCAACACCCCAAACUGGGCCCCAUAAAUCUCUUGGAUCCUUUUGAGCUUUCCCACAACGUGGCUGGAAACCUGAACGAGCGCUCUCAGGGGAGAUUCCAGAGGGAGUGCCAGGAGGCUGAGAAGUACUGCCGCAGCCUGCAGUACCAGCACAAGUCGGCCAAGGGGAAGUCAUGGGGACUGGUGCGCUUAUUUACCCCACAGGGGGAAAUCCAAAAUACUAAAACAGAACAGCUGACUAUCAGCAUCCCCUUCAAUUCAGCAUCUCUCCCCGAGGCGCUGCGUAAUGAGUUGCACAAGGCGGGGGAUGCUUUCCGGCUCCUGUGGUUCCGGCAGGUUUGCUCUGCUGUGGAGGGAGUCAUGAAAACUGUUCUCAAGUGCAACCUAGCUGUAUCCAAAGAUGAUGUAGAUGAUGAUGAUGCAGUUGCUGCUGAAGAAAUGGAAACUACAAUCUCUUCCCACACGUCAUCAAUGAACGACAGCUUCGAGUGUGUUGAAUCUCCGAGCAAAACCGGGCCCGAGGGCGCAUUCGUUGUUGGAGCCAAGAGGCCGCUGUCUUCCGACAGUGAUACUCCGGUGUCACCUCAAGGCAAAAAGCAACGAAUGAGAAAGCCUGGAUCCCCUCCGUGGAUCUGUGUACAGAAGCACAUGGUGUGGGCAGGUAGGAGGAAAGUGAGAAGGGUGCUCAUCAAAGACACAGACUCCAGGCCCGAGGGCAGCUGCGUGGAGCUGGAGUCCCAGGUCACAGCGUACAUCACUGAAAAAGAACCAGAACUUAAAGAGCCUCUGGAGUUCAGAGUCCAGCCCCGGAUGAUGGGUGGGACAGAAAGCACACGGGUAGUGCUCAACUUCAAGCCUCGCAGCGACAGAGCAGGAGUUUUUCAAGACUUCUUUCAUUUUCUGGAAGUGUUUUUGCCCAAGAUGGUUGAUACGCUGCUGGAGAAAGAAGUUGGUAGUGCUUAGGUCAUCUGAACCUAAUGCUAUGUUCAAAAAAGGAAGAAAAAAAAAAGCAAUGUCUGAAACCUGAGGUUCUUCUGGAAAACACAAACAAAAAAAGCCCUUCUUAGUCUGAAGAAACUAACACAGAAUUAAAAAAAAUUAAAAAGUCUUCUGCCUUCAUAGUGAAUUACUGAUUUUUCAUACAUGUAAAUAUUUUCUUUUUUUUCUCUAAAAUUGUAAAGGUUUGCUGGGAAAAGUUGAUGAGACCGUCCAGAAUUGUGAACCAAACCUGUCACAUCAGUACAUAAUGAGUUAAAAUGAGGUUGGUUCUGGUUCUGCUUUUAAAAACAGAACCUCAUUAAUUUCACGUGAAAUUAAUCCACCAGAAUGGAAAUGAAAGAGAGCUUUUUUGAACUUGGUUUUUUAUUUAAACAUCUGUGUUUUACAAUGAUUUAAAUAUUGAACUUGUUAGACUAUUAAGUCUGUAAUUGUUUUCUGUUUUUAUACUGUACUUAAAAGAUCAUAUUAUUUUAGGAGAAUAUUGUUUGAAGUUCAAUACUUUGCUUUGUU